GUAAGGUCCAACAAAAUCAGGUAAAAUCUCUGCUAAUUUAAGUUGAAAUAUUUUUGUAGGGCUAUACAAAAUGCUGCAAAUACUCUUUGGAAUUAUAUUAGUAUUUAUUAUUUACUACUAUACAGUAAAACCUAUGAAAUAUUGGAAGAAAAAAGGCGUGAAACAAACAACACCUUACUGGUUAUUCGGUAACAGCUUCAGUUUUAUAUGCAGGCUCAAAUCCUUGACGGAUUUUCUUCAAGAAUGCUAUCGUGAGCACAAAAACGAAAGAUAUUUCGGAAUUUACUUAUUUACAGCGCCUAUCCUAGUAAUAAGAGAUCCCGAUUUAAUAAAACAAAUAGCAAUUAGAGAUUGUCAACAUUUCGCCGAUCACGUACAAAUGGUGCCGGUUAACGAUCCAUUGUGGAGUAAAAAUCUAAUAUCUUUAAGCGGGCAAAAAUGGCACGAUAUGAGACCAAUAGUCAGCAGCAACUUCACCAACAGCAAAAUGAAAGCCAUGUUUGUACUUAUUAGUGAAGCAGCACAAACUUUCGUCGAAUAUGUAACCAAAAAACACGGUCUAUUUGAAUUCGAAGCCGAAUCUUUUCUAUCUCGAUUCUCGGCCGAUGUAAUAUCUUCAACCGCUUUCGGUUUCAAAACAAACUCCCUGCAAGAUCCCAACAACGAGUUUUAUAAGACUGGAAAAGGAGUUUCUUCUAUCAGCUCCUUGAGAGCUAAUUUAGUAAUGAUUGGCCAAAUAUUAUGUCCCAAAUUAUGCGAGGCUUUGGAUAUUCAAUUUUUCAGCAAAAAAGACCGACUAUUCUUCAUGAAUAUUAUCAAUAACAACGUUAAAGAAAGAGAAGAACAAGGUAUUAUACGACCUGACCUCGUUAAUUUAUUAUUACAAGCAAGAAAAGGUAUAAAAACUAAAAAUGAAAAUGAUACACCAGAUGUGAACACAGGUAAAAGUGUGCAAAAUGAAAUAACAAAUGUAGAUAUAGCAGCACACGCUGUGGUAUUUAUAAUAGCAGGCUUCGAUUCGAAUACAACGCUAGCAGCAUUCAUGUCGUACGAAUUAGCUGUACAACCUGAUAUUCAAGACAAAUUAAGAAAGGAAAUUCGAGACACUUUCAAAAAAGUCGGAGGAAAUCUAACAUAUGAAGCGUUGAACAAAAUGAAAUACAUGGAUAUGGUUAUUUCAGAAACAAUGCGGAAAUGGUUGAAUUUCACUGUAACAGAUAGAUUAUGCACCAAAACCUAUGUAAUAGAGCCACAAACAGCAAACGAAACAGCUUUAACUUUAGAGCCUGGGACCAGGAUAUGGUUUCCUAUACACGCAAUUCACAACGAUCCAGAAUAUUAUGAAGAUCCUGACAAAUUCGAUCCGGAACGUUUUUCAGACGAAAACAAAAGCAAAAUUAACAUUUCCACAUAUUUUCCUUUCGGAAUUGGACCGAGAAUCUGCGUAGGACCGAAAUUCGCUUACUUACAAACGAAAAUAUUAUUUUACUAUCUUCUAUUAAAUAUGGAAAUUGUUGUUACUGCGAAAACGAAGAUACCCCCGCAAAGGGCUAGAAAUGGCAUUGGAUUUACGUCGGCCGAAGGAGGUUUACAUUUAGGGUUAAAGGUAAUAAAAAAUGUAUAAUUU